AACUCAAGAGCGAGUAACAGGAUAGAUUGGCUUGCCAGAGAUAUCUUUCACCUUCGGUAUUCUGAGCCGUACCUAUAGACACAGGCAGUUGGGUAAUCUGUUCUAUCGUACUGAUUCUUUCCUUGAUGGGCACCGUAAGAUAUAAGAGUCGCACUACCCCGACUUACAGAUGCUCUCUCACAGCCCUUGCCUUUUCGUCCAUUCCUUCCACUUCUAGCGCAAAGCGAAUACAUAUUGCUUCAUAUCUAGUUACAAAGAUGGCAAUAAUCAAGCACCUAAUUCGCUUCGACACUUAUGUGAAGCGGCAUCCGUCCCUCACCGCGGAAGAGUUUCACCACACCUGGACUGCUAGUCACGCUCAGUUGUUGAAGAAUUGGUUGGCACGCCAUGGCGUAUAUCGCUAGAACUUUUCCACACCCCACCAGUCAUGGCCCAGCAGUACCUGGGCCAGACGCC